UAAUUUUGCCACUGAUUUUAUGUCAUGUUUGUGAAUGUCAAACUUGUCAAAUUCAAAUUUGAACUUGAUCGUCGGUGUUGUGGAUUUUCUGUAACCGAAACAAAAGAAUUAAAUUAAUUUAAAAUCACUAAAAAUGAGUUUAUUAAGUGCUGUGUUACAAGAAGCUGACAAUGCUACAAGUGAGGAGUUGAAAAAGCAUUGUGAUGCGCUUGUCCCUGUAGUAAAAGAACUGACGGAAAGGAUCCAACUGUUAUCGUUCGCUUUACAACAAUAUUUUACUGAUACCUACAUCACUUUUACUCUAACCAAGAGCUUAGAGCAGUUAAACUAUAAAAACAGAAGAGCUAAUAUUAUAAAGGAUUACACUACCAUAAUCCACGAUGUUGAAAAUAUGCGCACUAACUACGGUAUGAAAGGUGAGGAGUUCAUCAAAAGUUGUGAUAAACUGAACAAGGAUUUUAAACUUCUUAAAGAUUUGUGCAUCGUUGCUGAAAGCAAGAAGAUUCUAGAAAAGGCAAACCAUGAUUUUGGUAGGUACAACUAUAGCGAUGCCAUGUUAAGCAUUAGAGAGCUACAGAACCAACUGAAAAACUUAAAAUUUGGAGAUAAACUACAAGAAGGACUCAAGAACUUGAAAGCCCAAGCUGAAAACCAAUUAGCCUUAUAUGCAGCGCAAUUGAGCACAGAAUGGGAAGAAAUCUUCCAGUGGACAGAGAAAAAGAAUGUAUACUACCUUACUUACUCUCUGUCUGUCCAACAAAGUGACCCAACUUUAAUUCAAAAAAUACUGAAAACCCUGUAUUCUAUUGAAAGGUUGAAUGCAGAACUGGGUUUAUUUUCUCACUUUUUUAUAGAUCAACUUUUACAUAAUGUUAUCAGAUAUAACUGUGAAAUAUUUACCGAAGAUGACAUUGGUGCUAUAGUGUUCAACAUUAAAAUAGAUUUAAAUGAUCCCAAGAAGCCAAAUUACCAGUCAAUUUUCAAUAAUUUAACUGCAAUCUUUGAAUUCCUUGAAUCGACACUCGGAUCACAAUUUGAGGGUGACCGUAAAUUCAUUGAAGUGUUUGCUGAUUCCAUCCGUGGGAAGUUCUUUGAUAAGAUUAUAAAAGACUGUAUUCAAAAGAAGCUGCCUUCGUGUAGCACUAGUUAUAAGGCUUACACAGAAAUUGUAGAGGAGCUAGAUGUUUUCAACAAGUUCUUGAUUGACCUCAAAUUCGUGGACGCUGAGAAAUCGCCACUGAAUCAAUAUGUAAAUGAUACAGAAUGCGUAUUCUUUAAUAAGAAAUGCGAUAAGUUAUUGUCUGAUGUCCGCGACCUUCUAAUGGAGAGCAUUCUGUGUUCUCCAAUUGAGGUAGGCUCUACUACGUCUGCUGAGAACGAGUCUAUUUUAGAUGUGACAGAUAAAGAUAGUUUGUGGGACAUAAACAAGCCUCUAUUUCUGCCAAAAUGUGUGAUAUCACAGAAUGUGAGAAAGAUAAUGGCUCUUAUUGUGGACCAUUUGGAGGAAAGCGUGAAAUUACCUGAGAAAUACAGGCAAAAACUUGCAAUGUACAUAAAAGACGUUGCUGUUAUGUACCAAUGUAUCGUCCCACAGAACUGUGAGACGUAUUUAGAAAACAGUCCUUUAGAAAUUGCGCUAUUUUUCAACAACUGCUUCUACCUUGCGCACGGUCUACUCGGGCCGCCAUGGAAGGCCUCGCUUCCGGAACCGCUGGCUGACCUACUGGCUACUCUGCUGCUGGACAGCAUCCAGGACUUGAGGGUGUUAGCGCUGGAGAAAAUGUCCUUGUACCUCCAGAAACAGAAGAAUAAGAUUGUGGAAACUGUGGAGUGUAGGGGACCCCCAGACGCGCAACCCUGGAGCCAAGACCGCUACGAACAGUUCGACACAGCAGUCAACGAUGCCGUGCUCCUACUAAAAACCUUGAGGAACGCCUGGCAACAUAUCCUGCCUCCUCGCAUGUAUGAGAAGUCUCUCUGCGCGUUGAUCCAGACCCUGUGCCAAUCAGUGUUGAUAAGAGUUUUUGCUGAUACUAAACCUAUUUCGGAAGAGUUGGUUUACAUGAUGGCAGUUCGGCUUGAAGAAACUAUUAAGGAUAUUGCGGGACUGUUUGAGGAGCCAAUCCCCUUCGAGAGCAAGAUAGACGUCUGGAGUAAGUUCACCAAGCUGCCACAACUCCUCAAAGCCCAACUGCUAGAGUUAUCAUCUCUAUGGUCACGGGACGUGGAGCUUCCUCUACGCUACUCCUGCGAGGAGAUACGCCAGCUCACGGCAUUCCUGAUCAUCGCGUUAGUGAUCGUCGUCAAUGCAGGACCAGGCGUGGCGAAUCAGAAUGACAGCGAACCCAAGUUUGACCAAAUCGCCGAGGAGACGAAUAAUAAAAACGCUUUAACAAUCAUAGACGGCCCAAAGUACGUAGCCAAGCCCGAACCGACUCAGCCACCAGUAAGGACCAACGGCCAUGAUCACAAACCGGAGCAGCGCCCGCCGAGCAAGCCGCCGAUUCAUCCCGAAAAACCACCGCAGAAAUACUAUGUCGAUAUCUCUCGGCCUUACUACGGCCCCGUGCAGAAACAUCCCCCAUCCAGGCCCCAAUACUCACAACCGCUAAAACUAUAUCCACCACCGAACGCGAUUUACAACUACCCGAAAGUUAUCCCUCUACCACCACACCACAAGAAAACUUACUACACCAAACAACAGGCCCGACCCAUAAUCUAUAACAAACCACCGCCAAUUCCUCCAAACAACAAAACGGUGAUCGUAAAAAGUCCGAAAUUCAGUUUGCCAGUUCAAACCAUCACUGGAGUGCGAACGGACUUCGUUAAGCCGCCGAGACCCAACGUGACGACACCCACCACAGUUGGGACUACGACUACCACAAAGCGACCGCUCAGAACAAAGAGAAUCUGGCCGAAAAAAAUUCUCGAUAAAAUGAAUGCGACGUUAAAUAAAACAAAAUCGACUAAUGACACGACACCGACUAACAGAUCCGACAUCACUGAACAUGACUCAUCUCCUAGCGCGAGCGUGACGAGGAUCCGAUACGUGUUUAAGAACGACACUUCCCCGACCACUGCUGCCCCGCGCCGCGUGUACCGUCCCGUCACCAGGAUUCCCAAAGUAAGGGCCACCACUCCCUUCUACAACUACACCACGUUCGAACCUAACGAUUGGAUACCCAUCGUCCCGCCACACUACUAUCGCGGCAGGAAGCCGAAACAGACUCCCAUAAGUAGACGAUCAGACGUCACCGGCCCCGAGCAAUCUCACUUGACUAAACGAAUGCUUUACUUACAAUCGUUUGGACUGAUCCCCGUGCAAAAAUCUCAAGCGCCCGAAAUGUCGAGAAAAAAAAUGGUAUAUUUUAAGAAGAAGCGCCAAUUGAACCCUUAUUAUUCUGGUUACAGCGAGAAGCCAGGUGCGCAGCCGCACUUUGUGCAUGAGGACCUCCACGGGGAAGCGAGCCGCGUCCACGUGCACCAGCCGCGGGUCGUGACGAAGAUCAAGCAUCACCACCACCACCAUCAUCACAGAUACAUCAAAACGGUUGAAAAACCGGUCAAAGUUCCGUACAAAGUGGAGGUGCCGAAGCCGUACGCGGUCGCUAUAGAGAAGAAGGUGCCGGUGCCCGUCGACAAGAUAAAGAUAGUUGAGAAGCCGGUGCCGUACGCCGUCACGGUGGAGAAGAAGGUGCCGGUCCCGAUCGCGAUCAAGGUGCCGCACCCGGUGCCGUACAAGGUCGUGGAAAAGGAGUACGUGCCCAAGCCCUACCCGGUGGUGCAGCAGGUGCCGGUGCUGAAGCACGUGGAGGUCAAGGUGCCGCAGCCCGUGCCCGUGCCAGUAGAGAAACGCGUGCCCUACCCGGUGGAGGUCCGCGUGCCCGUCGACCGCCCCGUGCCCGUGCCCGUCCCCGUCGAAAAACAAGUGCCCUACCCCGUGCCCGUCAAAGUCUUCGUGCCCCAACCCUACCCCAUCGAAACAAAAGUCCCCUACCCCAUCCAAGUCCGGGUCAAGGAACCCUACGAAGUCGUCAAGCACGUGCCCUACCGAGUGCCCUAUCCCAAACCCUUCACGAUCAAGGUGCCCCAACCUAUUCCCUACACGGUCGAAAAGAAAGUUCCGUACCCGAUCGAAAUCGAGAAGAAGGUGCCGUACCCGGUCGAAGUUUUGGUCCCGCAGAAGGUGGAGGUGGAGAGAAAAGUACCGGUGUACAUUCCGAAACCUUAUCCGGUAGAGAAGAAAGUGCCUUAUCCUGUCAAAGUGCCGUAUCCCGUGAAGGUGCCGGUGCGAGUGCCGGUCGAGGUGCCCGUGUACGUCAACCACCCGUCGUACUACCAGGAGCAACACGAACACGACGAAUACGACAGGAGCGCGGUGACGCCUCACGGCAACGCCGCCUACGACUUCCACUCCCGAUCCGACAAAGAUGCAGCAGAAUCAGAAAACGUUACAGUCACCGUUACGACCACGCCGACGCCAAUUAGCACCACGCCUAGCUCUUGAACAAUAUUUAUUGGAUUAUUGUUUUUGUAAAUACUUAUUCAGUAAUUUUUAAUAAGUGGCAGUUAGGAGUUACAGGACAAUAUUUAGUACCUUAUAGCAUAAUCUGUAAGUUAUUGACGUGUGAAUGUGUGGGAGUUGACCACGAAUCGAGUAAAUGAAUGCUACUGUGAUAAUUUUUGUUUUCAUUCAUCUUCUAUGAUAGGUAAUGUCAAUGUAAAUGUAGGUAAUUGUAAUUUAAUUUGCAAUAAAAAUGUCACAAAUUCUACCUGCAGUGUGCGAUUUCUCGCGCGUUCUUAGAAGAUCACAUCAGCAAGAUGUGAAGUUUGGAGAUUAUUAACAGAACUAAGUAUUAGGCAUUUCUGUGUGCAUCUAUUGACUUCAAAUAAAUUGUUACACGGACUUCCUCGAGCUACAUCGAAGGUCUUAUGAUGUCAGACAUCGGUGUUUCCUCAGAUUGAACUCUAACAAAAAGAUCACUUACACGCGUCCAGAAGAAAUGAAACGAACCGACUCAACAAUUAGUGCAAGUGACUUCUAGCGGCAAAUUAUACGGCGCCGUGUCACUCACCCCGCGAGACGCGGCGAAUGAUUAAUUGCUUUCGCUAAUAAGGUAAUGUGUUCAUUAGUUUUCUAACUUAAUAA